AUUUACUCCCACAGAACUAUUCCGUAUGUUGUUCAAGAUCAUUUCAUGUGAUCUGUUAAGAUGAAAAGUUUGACAAUAAUCUUUGCAUGGCUCACUGCUAUAUCAGCGCAUGAGCUUUGUACAACAGAUGAUAUCGAAAGACUCUCCAGGGAGAUGUCUCAACUGAGAGAAGAAAUUGGUGCCUGUAAAGAUAAAGGUUCUGUUGACACUGAUGUAAAUGACUGUACUUCCCAAAAGAAUGGAAUAGCGAAAAUCACAAGACAAAAUGGUCGCAAAUUUGACGCAUUAUGCAAAAAUGAAUGGUUGAUAGUCUUGAACCGCUUUGAUGGGUCUGUUAACUUUAACAAGGGAUGGGAUACAUAUAAGUCAGGUCUUGGAGAUGUGGAUGGAGAAUAUUUCAUUGGUUUAGAAAAUCUGGUUGGCGUGCUGAAACAAGGAAAGUAUAAGCUCCGCGUAGAGCUAACAACUUGGCCAGAUGAUGGGAGUAAGACAAAAUAUGCUGAUUAUGGAAAAUUUGAUGUUGGUGAUGAAUCUGAAAAUUAUCGACUAACAGUAGGGGAGUACUCUGGUACAGCAGGUGACUCAAUAUAUUCAAUGGUAAACAGAGAUGCUCACCUUUGGACAUUGAAUGGCUUUGAAUUUACCACAUAUGAUAGGGAUAAUGACAACUAUUUUGGGGGUAACUGCGCCAACUGGAAAAAUGCAAAUGGGAAAAGUUCAGGACCGAUGUGGUUCAACCACUGUUCAGUAGCAAGAUUUUUUGCACCCUAUAUGAAAAAUUCUCGAUGCAAAGAUCGAUGGAAUUGCAUUGUUUGGUAUUUCUGGCCUGAUAAGAUAGGAAAACCUGAUAACAGUUGGUACCAUUUUAAGGAAUUACGCUUGAUGAUAAAGCCAACCUCAUAGAUAAGAUUUUAAUGUUUUAAUGAUUAUGAUAAAAUAUUAAUAAAGCAAUAUCUUCUCUAUAAACAAUUAU